AUGUCCUACGAGUCUCAAAUGAAGCCAUGUGCCUUGCUUUUCGGCGACGCUGGCAAAGUCAUUGCCGGAACGCCCAGUCUUGGUUUUCGUACAAAGAUCGAAGCACGCGUGGGAACGGCCAGACCUCCCUGUGCGAAUCCUUACUUUGGGUUCACCCUGACCUUUCCUCGUGAUCCUGGCCAGGUCGCGAGUGAAAAGGAGGGCAAGGGUGUAUGCUUCGCAUACGACCCGAUCACCGACAAGCCUGUCCUAUCGGACUUCACCGUCACAGUAAAGUUUCCGCGAGGUAAAACUUCCUGCACUCAUCUGCCAGUACCAGCAGAGAUAAAAGACAAAUUCGCGAAAGUUCAAGACUGGCAAGGAUUUACUCACCUCGUCGUGAAGCUGAACGAUUCAUCCAAUUCAACGAUCGAGGGAUACAGAAAAGAAUACUUCAACUCUCCCGACCCUAAACUCCAAGCCUGGGUGAACUACCACGGGAGGAUCGACGGUGUCUCGUUCCUUGAGGUGCUGCACCAGCGCGUCUUCUCUUUCGUCGUUGAACUUCCUAUCGGCUCUUGCAAGGAGAUCAUGGGGGACCAAAACCUUCCGGGGCCAUUUUCGUAUGGUUACGCGUACCAGCCAGUUGACGUGCAGCAAAUGAAGACACUUGUGGAUGACAACAAAGGCGGUGCAUUUCCGGCCUGCUAUUGGUCAAUUGCCGAGGAACGAUUACCCGCCUACUUCGUCUCUCCGAAUGGUCCAGUCCCACCAGGCACAGCCGCACAUCUUGUGAUUCCAGUUUUCAAGGCAUGGAGCGACCGGCAUCGUCACGCUUGGCCGCGGCUGACGGCCAACCCUCUUGUCAAGGUGAAGAUUUACGAUGUUGUCACUCCCGGCCAUACUGGGCCAGCCCUCUGGACCGGGAGGAUCAUGGAAAAUGGCAACUUGGCGCCAGAGCUACGAGCGCAUCUGGCCGAUGACCAAGACCUGAUCAUUCGCGUCCGCACAGCCUCCGUCCCCCGAAUCGGUGUGCGCCACUACCCCGACCAAAGAACCGCCAUCACAGCCCUCGGCAAGAGAUUACAGAACUAG